UUAAAAAGAAAAAAGGAAACAGACAAGAAAUUUGAAUUUGAAACACCGUAAAAAAUUUGUUCGAAUCCCCUUCUCCAAACCAAAAACUAAAGCCAAAAUUAGGGUUCCAAAUUUCAAUGGAUCGAGAAAUGGACAGAGAAAUUUGCGGUUGGAUUAUCGAAUUCCUUGUUCGUGAAUCAACCGACGAAAUGUUGGUGAAGAAACUGAUCCAAGCUUUCCCGCCUUUGAACGGCAAGCCUCGCCUGAAGAAAACGCUGCUUCUCCACUCAAUCAGAACCGAAAUUCUAGCCGGCAACGUUUCCGAGAGGAUACUUGAUCAUUUGGAGAGGAUCGAGCGCAUUGACCGCAGCCAAAGGCUCAGAAUCCCGGACUCCAUAAGGCAAGCUUACUGCGCUGUCGCACUUGAAUGCACUGCCAAGUACCUGCCUGGAAGCUGGGAUCGGAAUGGCAAGUAUUUGGAUGCGGUGAAGAGAAUAUGGAGAAGCAGGAUUGAAAAUCUGGAAAAAUCAAAGGCAUCCAGGUUGGUUUCCGAGCGACUGAGAAGCCGUCGACGUCAAGUGGAGGCUGCCGUGGAGGAUGAGGAGGUCGCCAACGUGUUAAUUACAAUUAAUACGCGAAAUGACGCGAUACUCACCCUUAGGGUCUAUCUAUGCGAAGCGCUCGCCUUGAUGGGUCCGUCAUUCCUUAAAAGCCAAUGUGACUCAAUCCUUUACAGAGAAAAUGGUCCGUUUCUGGAGAAGUGUAGGAGGGAUUCGCUUGCCGGAGAAUGAAAAAAAAAAAAAGGUAGGCUUUCGCUAUUUCUUUAUCUUUAUCCUUAUUCUUAAUUCUUCAAUGUGACUGACGGCAUAUAAAACCCAAGUAACGAAAACUGCUUCUGAAUUCUGAUGCUAUUAUCUAUUAAGAGGAAUGUAAAAAAACAAUCAUGUCGAACUGUUAUCUUUGGUUAAAAUCUUUCAGGAUGAAGAAAUAAAAUGAAUGAGAAAUUUAGGUUUCAUAUCCAAUAUUAUGAUAUAGAGCAUAUACAAACUUAAAUUUUCCAUAAUUACAUUCAAAUUCUUAUACUGUUAGGUUCAUAAUGAGUAGUGAAUAUGAAAUAUUUCAAGGCAAGAGUGAAUUAAAUCCAUCUCCUCAUACUCUUGCAACUACGCAGAUCUACUGAAUAUUUCUAAUUGUUGCAAAUUAAUAUUCAUGCUCAUAAGCUUUAUAGCAAAUUAGUCUAUGGAUGGAACAAGGGAGUAAAAUUUUUGCACUCUGCCUUUUUGGACGUUUCUUUUCUUUUUUGCCCUUUGAGGGGAAGGGUUUAGAGAUGACUCGAACUCCUUCAAUAUCUCUUAAAGCCUAACUUCAAUUUGUCGAAUUCAUUAUUUUACUUCAUUUUGUGCUGUGCGGGCAACAACAGAGAGGAAGGGGUGCAUGUAACUGCUGCCCUCGCCCCUCUUGUUAAGCAUUGGAGCAGCAGGUUCGAGGUUGUCCCUGCUCCUUAAGCAAGAUGGGCAAAAGCAAGUUAACCGGCACGUAUGCUGUACCAAAUGGUUAUGGAAAAGGAGAAUGUGAAAAGCUUAAGUAUCCCAAGCCAGUCUCUGUCGUAAGCCCUUCCGUGCCUUUUCUGCAAUUGAAGCUCCAGUCGUAGAGCCAGUUGGAGUCAUAAAAGUGGAAAAGUGGAGAGGAGGUUUGCAUCUUCAUCAUCCUUUUCCACAGAAGGAUCUUCUUGAUGACUACUAAAAAUUUAGUAUCCUUCUGAGUUGAAAAUGGAUUGGUUUUGUUCCCCUGUGCAUCUCUGUGGUGGCUCUGUUAAAAAGGGGCAACUCUGAUUGGAUGAAACAGUUAAGAAUUCUUUCAGAUUAAUCUUUAAGUCAAUAGAUCUCUUCUUGUUCCUCAAUCUUUGGAGAAGGCAGCAUUAUAUUAUUGUAAGUUCUCUGUUCCUAACAUUUCCUAGACGACAAGUUUUAAUUCUUCAAUGGGGCAAGUUCAGGAAAAGAUGGAGAAAAAGCAUUUCCUCUACUCUUCUCACCUUUUGACUGGUUCACUCUUGCUUCUUUCACUUUCUUACUUCCAGACAUAUGGUUAAACAUCAGAUAUGUAUUCAUCAUGGAUCAUUUAGCCUAAAUUCAUGUAUUUUGACCUAUUAAAAUGUA